UCACGCAGUUUCAGAGAAACGAAACUUAACUCUGUCUCCGUCAGUGUGAGCAGGACAGGAAAAAAGCAGAAGCCAUUACAUAGGUGGGUCUUCUAAGAAACUGGAAAUAUCUCCUGCUCUUUCUCACACACAUUCAGAGAAAGCAAACUACAUUCUGAGCUAAAACUAAUCUCUGUCACUCUGAGGAGUAAAAUGGCACAGGCUGCAGGUCUUCUGGACCAGGAUCAGUUCAGCUGUGCAAUCUGUCUGGAUCUACUGAAGGAUCCUGUGGCUAUUCCCUGUGGACACAGCUUCUGUAUGGGCUGUAUUAACAGCUGCUGGGAUCGGGAAGAUCAUACUGGUGUAUAUAGCUGUCCCCAGUGCAGAGAGACCUUCGCCCCAAGGCCCAUUUUAAGAAAAAACACCAUGCUGGCUGAAGUGGUGGAGAAAUUGAAGAAGACAGGACUCCAAGCUGCUCCUCCUGCUCACUGUUACGCUGGACCUGGAGACGUGGCAUGUGAUGUCUGCACUGGGAGAAAGCGCAAAGCUGUGAAGUCCUGUCUGAUGUGUUUGGCUUCAUACUGUGAAACUCAUAUCAAACUUCAUAAUGAACUCAACCCAGGAAGGAAACACAAGCUGAUCGAUGCGUCUGGAAGCCUGCAGGAGAAGAUCUGCUCUCAUCAUGACAAACUGCUGGAGAUCUACUGUCGAACUGAUCAGCAGUGUAUCUGUUAUCUGUGUACAAUUGAGGAUCAUAGAGGCCAUGAUACAGUUUCAGUCGCAACAGAAGGCGCAGAGAAAAAGAAGCAACUGGGGGCAACACAAUGUAAAUUCCAGCAGAGAAUCCAGGAGAGAGAGAAGGAGCUGCAGGAUCUGAGACAGGCGGUGCAGUCACUCAAGUGCUCUGCACAGGCAGCAGUGGAGGACAGUGAGAGGAUCUUUACUGAACUGAUCCACUCCAUUGAGGGGAGGCGCUCUGAGGUGAAAGAGCUGAUCAGAGAUCAGGAGAAGGUUGCAGUGAGUCGGGCUGAAGGACUCCUGGAGCGACUGGAGCAGGAGAUUGCUGAGCUGAGGAAGAGAGACUCUGAGCUGGAGCAUCUUUCACACACAGAGGAUCACAUCCAUUUUCUCCAGAGCUCUAAGUCUCUCUUUGACCCUCCUGGACCUGGAGACUUACCCAGCAUCACUAGCAACCCACAUAUUUCCUUUGAGACUGUAAGGAAAUGUGUCUCUGAGCUGAAAGAGCGACUGGAGGAUGUCUGCAAGGAGGAAAUAUCAAUGAUCUCCAUGGCAGGCCAAGUAGUGGGCACAUAUGGCUGCUUUACUGAGACUGGAGAGCCCUCAGAAGCCAGAGCCACAGCAGCUGAUGUGGAGGCCUGUCCCCUCUGCAUGAAGCCCCUGAAAAAGCAGAGGCUGAUCUGUACUCAUGCCUUCUGUUCAGCCUGUUUGGAAAGAUCUGUGGAAAGACUGGGUCUCCAUUGUCCAGUGUGUCUAAAUGCACUCAUAGUGGUGGGUGACCAGCCAGAGGGACAGAUGACAUGGGCACGUUGGAGUGCAUUUUUGUGCAUUACCUACAACAUUGCCAGUGGAAUACAGACGGAGGCCCAUCCCAAUCCAGGGAAGCCCUUUACUGGAACCCAAACUAAAGCCUAUUUACCAGACACCCGGGAGGGCAAGGAGGUGCUGAAGCUGCUGCAAACAGCCUUUGACCAGAAGCUGGUUUUUACUGUGGCUGCAACUGAUGAAGCGGUAGAUAGAGUUGACUUCAGUGACAUCCCCCAUUCAAAUGACUGGUAUAAGUGCAGAAUGCCUAGAUUCUUACAGGAAGUGAAGGCGGCACUCAGAGCCAAAUUCAUUCAAUGAUCGAAUAAACAGACAUAUAAUAUUUCAGUACACUCCCUGUGUAGACAAGCACACACACACACACACACACACACACACAUACACACACACGCACACACACACACACACCCUGUUUUUAUGUUAUUAUUUAAACACACAUUAUACUCGCAUGUGGUCCCGUGCAGUUCCUCAUCUCCUCAUGCUUUAUGUCAACAAUCACAGACCAAUGCCGCCCCCCCGCCCCCAAUGCGACAAUGACAUUUGAACCCUGAUGGAGAUGCUCUGCACAUGGUUGCAACUCAAAAGCCGUUGCAGACCCAACGCCAUGAGAUCUUACUGUGGAGCAUGAAUGAGUAUUUCACAGCCUCGAUCGAAUCCAGGCGGCGGCAGGGCUGACUGUGGCUGUGUAGCUCCAUACUGUGACCUGUACUUGGCGAUUGCAAUGCCUACACUAUGGGGGGGCUCACUUACAAGAAAAAAAUCAACCCCAACAUCAGAAGUAGUGAAGUAGUUGCUAUCUGACUGUUGGCUUAUUAACAAAACACAUUACAGGAAUCUGGCUGGACUGGUCAGGGUAUGAACCUGACAAGCAAGCCCAUUCUACCCCAGGCUUCCUGUAGGCAAUAGCAAACCAGGGUUUGUCUAAACCCCUUUCAGUUCAGUCAAUUUAUAAAUCACCUGAAAAUCUCUUCAUGAAUUGGAAAGUCCUCGUAGAACAUGGCUAUUUUUCAAUUCAGGAAUUGCAUUCAAUUCAAUUCAAUUCAAUUCAAUUCGAUUUGUGAGUUAGUUGAAUGCCAAAAGGAAUUGAAACCCAGGCCUGAAGAAAACAUGGACAUCAUAGUUUUACUUUCUGCUUCAAUUGCAUUUCAGCUAAGGAAACAAACCAACUUAUGAUAUCAAUCUUCUAUUAGUGCAUCUUGUUCAUAAAAACAGAGUUUCAUGAAAAAAUAGGCACAGAGAUACUAAUUUGCUGUUGUUUCUUAUAUGAUGAAUUUGAUAAUUGUGUGUGUGUGCGUGUCUGUGUGUGUGUAUGCUAAGGGUAUAUGUCCCCAUCAAAUUAAAAAACAAAUUACAGAACAAAAUCUAAAAUAGGUCUCGUUAAUUUAGUUGUAAAAACAACAGUAGGGCUUCAGAUUUUAUUUUCUGGUCGAGCAGAUUUUAAAGUACAUGGAUGUCGCCAUCUUGUGGAGCUGAACGGUAACAGACAAUACUAAUUUUUUGUGGUCCAAACAGUCUAAAUGCACUAAAUCGGCUGGUCCAUUAAUUGACUUUAGUGACCAAGGGAUCUCUGCAUUUAAACUGCAUUUUAAAUGGUAGUUUGAAAAACUAUAAAUUCUUCAUCCUUUUGUAACAGUUCAAAAUACAUAUUCAAUUUAAGCUUUCGAUGAAUCAAUAAGCAUUUAAGUGUUGUGUUGUGUGUACUAAGUGCAUUGACUGGUAUUCAGGGUUCUUGACUAUAUGCUAUGGUGUAAACUGAUGGUGAGUCUCCCAGUUUUAUAUGAUAUAGUACUGUUUUCAACUGACAUUUCUAAUGAAUCCAGAUUCCCAGGAUUGAGUCCAUUUCUGUGAUUUAAUGUACUACUAAAAUAUGUAAUAUGCUUUGUCAAGUAACAAAGUAUUAAAAUGAUUACAAAUAAACAGGAAUGUUGCUGUUGUGCUGUUUAUAGAAAAUGGCUAUCUGUAACUGUCUAAAGUACAGAAUUACUUAGUUACUCUGUCAAUAAAAGUACAAUGUGUUUAAGCAUG